AUGGUGGAUCUCAUCACGAAUGUUACCUGGUUUGUUUGGAAGAUUCGAGACCACCCGAUCGGCCGUGGUAAAUAUCUACCAGGUUAUAUCGCCGACAACUACGGUCUUAACGCGCUGGAAAAUAAUGCGAAAACCGGUAAACCGUACGAAGAUAAUCUGUGUUUCUUCCGCUGUCUGGCUCUCCACAAUGGUUGCCAUACUAAGAACCUAGAAAGAGAUACCAAGUACUAUUACCAACGGUAUCGAGAAGCUGGUCUCGCUAAAAAGAAAUUUCAUGGUGUCAAGAUAAGUGAACUAGACUACCUAGAAAAAUUGUAUGAACUGAAUAUUCAAGUAUACAGUCUCGCGCCUACUCAGAGCCACAGUGAAGACGAAGACAAUGAAGAAAAUACUCCCGAGAUUGCCGCCACCCUGCUUCGCCGCUCACAUCGCCACUACUCCAGCACGCUUUACUUGAACUUGUACGAAAACCAUUUCUCGUAUAUUAAAGACCUGGCCCGGUACAGUAAAUCCUUCUGCUGUUCAAGAUGUGGCAAGUACUGGAAGAAAUCGUCUAGACUGAAUAGACACGAAAAGACCUGUGACGGCAAAGUCCAGCUCAAGUACCCAGGCGGAGCUUACCAUGUCCCUAAAACUGUCUUUGAAGAAUUAGAAGACGAAGGUAUUGUCGUUCCUGAAGAAGCCCACUAUUUUCCUUACAGAGCCACCUUCGAUUUUGAAUGUUACUUUGACAAGAAGAAAGCUCAAGAAUUAAAGAACACUGAAAAGUUAACCUGGCAAUCCGCCCAUGUGCCCUUAAGUGUAAGUGUGUGCAGUAACGUGCCUGGUUACCAAGCACCUAAAUGUUUCGUGUCAGAGGGAGAUUCAGACCUACUUCUUAAAGAGUUUGUGCAGUGCCUCGCCACGAUUAGCACCAAAAGUUCAUCCCUGCUCCGCCAAAGGUACGCAGAAGUAUUUGAAGCUCUUGAAACCGCAAGAGGCCCGAAUAACAGUGAAUCCCACGAAGACCGAUUAGCGCAAAUUCUGGUAGACAUCCAGGAGGGCAGUCAGAAUUACAAUGAAGUUGACAGUGAAGAAGAGAGCGAAGAUCAAAGUAGCGACAUUGAUUUAAUGGCGAGUGAUAAUGAAGGAGAUGAAGAAGAAGAAAUUGAACCGGAGAAUGAAGAAGACCACGCGUUUCUCGAUGAUGAAAUACAAGAACAGGAAGACGUCUCCUUUUAUAGAAGAUUGAACGUUGAAGUGGACAGAGAAAGAAGACAGCAACUGAGACAGACGCGGGACCAGUUAGAAGAGUUACAAGAUAUUGUAGGUGGGUCAGAGGACGUCAGUGACCACAAAGUCCUCAGUCAACUAGAGGAGAAACUGAACGCCUAUAUACAAGAACUGCCAGGGUUGGGUUUCAAUUCCGGAAAGUACGACCUGAAUGCCUCCAAAGAAUUCCUGUUCCCGUACCUCAUCAAGCAUCAGCCCGUCAAGUUUACUGUGAAAAGGAAUAAUAAUCAUAUGUGUAUCAAGAGAGACUCUUUAAAGUUUCUGGACAUCUCUAAUUAUCUCGCUCCAGGGUUCAGCUACGAUCAGUUCCUGAAAGCGUACGAGUGCGAACAGACCAAGAGAUUCUUCCCAUACCAAUGGCUAGACUGUUUGGAUAAAUUAGAAGAAACAUCGCUACCCCCUCACGCUGCCUUCUACUCAAGUCUGAAGAACGCUAACAUCACGGGUGAAGAGUACCGAUACUGCCAGCAAGUGUGGGAAGACAAUGAAAUGUCCACCUUUAAAGAUUUCUUGGUUUGGUACAAUAAUCUGGAUGUAGUACCUUUCCUCGAGGCAGUAGAGAAAAUGAGUCAAUUCUGGCAAGAGAGAAAGAUUGAAAUGUUUAAAGAUGGGAUUUCUCUGCCUGGUCUCACCCUCAAGUACCUCUUCUCAUACCUCUCACCUCAAACGUACUUCAGUCUCUUCGAUCAAGCGAACAGUGACCUCUAUCACUUGAUCAAAGACAACAACACGGGCGGCCCCUCAAUCAUCUUCCACCCAUAUCAUGAAGCCGGCAAAACAAAGAUCAGAGAAGCAGAGGAAGGCGAGGCUGCUAAGCUGUGUGAAAAGAUCGUGGGCUAUGACGCGAAUGCUUUGUACCUCUGGGCUAUUAUGCAGAACAUGCCAACGGGAAGUUACACGCGACGCCUAGCAGAGAAUGAGUUCAAACCGAAAAGUUCUGUACGCAUGGCUAUUGAAUGGUUGGAAUGGGUGGCGCACAAAGAGGGAAUUCACAUCCGACAUCAGUUAAACAAUACAGAAAAGCGCAUCGGUGGUCAUAAACUUCCCGUCGACGGUUUCAACGCGCAGACGCAAACUGUGUACCAGUUUCACGGCUGUUAUUGGCACGGCCAUGAUUGUGCUCUCAACCGCGGAAAAGAGUUUAACGAGAAACGAAACAAACCUAUGACGGAACUGCUGGAAGAAACUAGAGCCAACACCGAGUAUAUUCGAAGCAAAGGCUACCGUGUCGUGGAGAUGUGGGAGUGUGAAUGGCGCCGGAUGAAGAAAACGAAUCGUGAAUUACAGCGAUUUAUUGCCACCGAAGUAAGAAGAACCCUCGACAAAGUCAAGAUCAUGAGCCCGGAGCGAAUAUUGAGCGAGGUGCGAAAUGAGCGUUUGUUUGGGUGCGUGGAAGUAGAUAUUCGUGUGCCUGAGCAUUUGAGAGAGAAAUUCAGUGAAAUGUGCCCGAUCUUCAAGAACACAGAAAUCAGCCGCGAUGAUAUUGGAGACUUCAUGAAAGCGUACGCAGAAGAGCAUAACAUCAUGGCUCAACCCCGUCGCAGUUUGAUCGGGAGCAUGAAAGGAGAAAAAAUCUUGUUGGCCACACCCCUCCUCAAAUGGUACUUAGAACACGGCCUGGAAGUCACCAAAGUCUACCAAGUGGUUGAAUUCACCCCUGAGCCCUGCUUCAAACCCUUUGGAGAUGCGGUGUCAGACGCGAGGAGAGCCGGAGAUGCGGACCCCAGUAAAGCCAUCAUUGCAGAUACCAUGAAACUG